GCUGAUUGCAAGAAGAUGUUUCUUUGGCUCUUUCUGAUUUUGUCAGCCCUGAUUUCUUCAACAAAUGCAGAUUCUGACAUAUCGGUGGAAAUUUGCAAUGUGUGUUCCUGCGUGUCAGUUGAGAAUGUGCUGUAUGUCAACUGUGAGAAGGUUUCAGUCUACAGGCCAAAUCAGCUGAAACCCCCUUGGUCCAAUUUUUAUCACCUCAACUUCCAAAACAAUUUUUUAAAUAUCCUCUACCCAAAUACGUUCUUGAAUUUUUCACAUGCAGUAUCCCUGCAGCUGGGAAAUAAUAAACUGCAGAACAUAGAGGGAGGAGCCUUCCUUGGGCUCAGUGCAUUAAAGCAGUUGCACUUGAACAACAAUGAAUUAAAGAUUCUCCGAGCUGACACUUUCCUUGGCAUUGAGAACUUGGAGUAUCUCCAGGCUGACUACAAUUUAAUCAAGUAUAUUGAACGCGGAGCCUUCAAUAAGCUCCACAAACUGAAAGUUCUCAUUCUUAAUGACAAUCUGAUUUCCUUUCUUCCUGAUAAUAUUUUCCGAUUUGCAUCUUUGACCCAUCUGGAUAUACGAGGGAACAGAAUCCAAAAGCUCCCCUACAUCGGAGUUCUGGAACACAUAGGCCGCGUUGUCGAAUUACAACUGGAAGAUAACCCUUGGAACUGUAGCUGUGAUUUGUUGCCUUUAAAAGCUUGGCUGGAGAAUAUGCCAUAUAACAUUUACAUAGGAGAAGCUAUCUGUGAAACGCCCAGUGACUUAUAUGGAAGGCUUUUAAAAGAAACCAACAAACAGGAAUUAUGCCCCAUGGGCACAGGCAGUGAUUUUGAUGUGCGAAUCCUGCCUCCAUCUCAGCUGGAAAAUGGCUACACCACUCCCAACGGUCACACCACCCAAACGUUACACAGGUUAGUGACCAAACCACCGAAAACGACAAAUCCAUCCAAGAUCUCUGGAAUCGUGGCAGGCAAAGCCCUCUCGAACCGGAAUCUCAGCCAGAUCGUGUCUUACCAAACCAGGGUGCCUCCUCUUACACCUUGCCCAGCACCUUGCUUCUGCAAAACCCACCCUUCAGAUCUGGGACUGAGUGUCAACUGCCAAGAGAAAAACAUCCAGUCCAUGUCUGAACUGAUACCGAAACCUUUAAAUGCCAAGAAGUUGCACGUCAAUGGCAACAGCAUCAAAGAUGUGGACAUCUCUGACUUCACCGAAUUCGAAGGACUCGACCUGCUUCAUUUAGGCAGCAAUCAGAUUACUGCGAUCAAGGGAGAUGUGUUCCGCAAUCUCACGAAUUUACGCAGGCUGUAUCUCAAUGGCAAUCAGAUCGAAAGACUCUAUCCCGAAAUAUUUUCAGGCCUUCAUAACCUGCAGUAUCUGUAUUUGGAAUACAACUUGAUUAAGGAAAUCUUAGCGGGCACCUUUGACUCGAUGCCAAACUUGCAGCUCUUGUACUUAAAUAAUAAUCUCUUAAAGAGCCUGCCCGUGUACAUUUUCUCAGGAGCACCCCUUGCUAGACUGAACCUGAGGAACAACAAGUUUAUGUACCUGCCUGUGAGUGGGGUCCUGGAUCAGCUGCAGUCUCUUACACAGAUUGACUUGGAGGGCAACCCGUGGGACUGCACUUGUGACUUGGUGGCAUUAAAGCUGUGGCUGGAGAAGCUGAAUGAUGGGAUUGUCAUGAAAGAACUGAAGUGUGAGACACCUGUGCAGUUUGCCAACAUCGAACUGAAGUCCCUCAAAAAUGAAAUCCUAUGUCCCAAGCUCUUAAACAAGCCAUCGGCACCCUUCACAAGCCCUGCACCUGCCAUUAUGUUCACCACCCCGCUGGGGCCCAUUCGCAGUCCUCCUGGUGGUCCAGUGCCUCUGUCGAUUUUAAUCCUCAGCAUCUUAGUGGUCCUCAUCUUAACUGUGUUUGUUGCUUUUUGCCUUCUUGUUUUUGUGCUGAGGCGAAACAAGAAACCCACGGUGAAGCAUGAAGGCUUGGGGAACCCCGAGUGCGGCUCCAUGCAGCUGCAGCUGAGAAAACACGACCACAAAACUAACAAAAAAGACGGACUGGGCACAGAAGCUUUCAUCCCACAAACCAUAGAACAGAUGAGCAAGAGCCACACCUGUGGCUUGAAAGAGUCCGAAACCGGGUUCAUGUUUUCUGAUCCUCCAGGCCAGAAAGUCAUGAUGAGAAAUGUCGCCGACAAGGAGAAAGAUGUAUUGCACGUGGAUACCAGGAAGAGACUGAGCACCAUCGAUGAGCUGGAUGAAUUAUUCCCGAGCAGGGAUUCCAAUGUAUUUAUUCAGAAUUUUCUUGAAAGCAAAAAGGAGUACAAUAGCAUAGGCGUCAGUGGCUUCGAGAUCCGCUAUCCCGAAAAACAACAAGACAAAAAAAACAAGAAGUCACUGAUAGGCGGCAACCACAGUAAAAUUGUUGUGGAGCAAAGGAAGAGUAGUGAGUAUUUUGAACUGAAGGCAAAACUCCAGAGUUCUCCUGACUACCUACAGGUCCUUGAGGAGCAGACAGCUUUGAACAAGAUCUAGGUCAUGCAAUCUUACUUCCUACAGAGGACAUUUAUUUAAUGAUGAAAGUGCCUUUUGUUGACUUCUAACUUCCAAAUACUAUAUUAUCAAUAGGCAUAGAGGCAGGUGUUUCCAAGGGUGUCUCAUUAACUGUAGCUGCAAAGAUGUGUCCCGUAGAAGAGAAUUUCCUUAAUAGAUUUUACUACAUAAAACCUAUACUGUGGAGUCCUGUGGGGAUACUGCAAACUCUAUUGCCAAAGGGAUGCUUUAUAUACAUAAUUCACUGAAUUUAACCUCAAGAGGCAAAUCUGUUUUGUACCCCAAUGCAAAACCUUCGUCUCUUUGUGCUCUGUAAAGCAAACUCAAGAAAACUGGUACCACUAUUUGUACCUCAGCUGGGUCCUUCAUCUUGCACGUAGAUUCAGUUGGUGGAACUGGAAUAUUCCUUUUGAUUUGUGGCAUUGUAACAACUCUGUGUAAAGAUUCUCUGAAAAGUA